AUGGGGUUCGUGGGAGUACAACAGGCGUCGUCGCGACCCACUGGCAAGACAAGAAGACAUCCGCCUGUGACCUAUAUGAAGCGCCGAAUGCUGAUUCCUAAACAUCUUCGAGUGAGGAAGAAACGAAAACCCAACCACGUACCUUUUCUCGACGGGCUUCCGCUGGAGAUUCUAGAGCAGAUUUUCGUCGAGUCGGCCAACCCGGACUUGGUGCUCGUCAACAAGGCCAUUUUCUCCGCGCUCAACUCCACGUGCAUAUUUUUGCGCUCCAGCAUGCUUCUCAACUGGGUUGAGAAGAAGGAGCCCGAGAGAGUGGAGACCAGAGAAACCACAGCUACGGCAGAACCGGAGCAACAGGAGCAACAGGAACAAAAUGGACAGACCGGGGAAAUGACACAGGAGCAGAUCGACCAGGACAUCAACAACCACAUUCAUCAUCCUCAGACAUUCCAUAUUGACGACAUGGUGGUGGAUCCGCCGGCACCACCCCAACAGGACAACACUGACAUCGCCCAGAGAGCCCCAGCCAAAUACACUCUGCCGGUGGAGCAGCUCAAGUGGAAGUUUGUGACGAGAGAGCUGCUGGAGAGUCUGGAUGUUGAAGUCUCGGGCACUUACAUUCCAAGUACCUACGCAGCUGUCGACGCCACACAGCGACAGAAAGAUCUGCUACCAUUGCUCAAAAAGAGCGGCCUCAAGUUCCAGAACCUCAGCCAGGUGAUUUCCAAGGCUGCCAUCGACGCUGACCACUUCAAGCAUCUUGUCAAACUCGACUUUGGACCGCCGACAAUUGCCUGUCUGAUCGCUGCUCUUCGUGCUACCAAUGGAGAAGACCUGCUGAAAAGCAGGAGCAACAUGGACCUGCUGCCCAACUGGCUCAUCCGGUCCGGCUAUUACGUCGACAAACUGUCCAGUGACGAGCUCUGGAGCUUCCUGGUGGCCUAUCCGGACAGAAAUCUCGUCCGGUACUUUUUGCAGCUCGGUGUCGUUCCUAGUGAAAGACUGUUGCAUCAGAUUCCUGCCUUGUAG